AUGCAAAAACGAAAACACUACUUCCAAGAAAUCACCGAGGACAUCCGGGCAGCCACCGUUCUACCCGAGGAAACUCGUCCACUCCGGCUCGAAUUGAGGACAUUGUGCAAAUUUGUGUACAUUAUGGAAGUGGAUUCCAGCGAUGCAACGCCAGCUGGUGAUAGUUCCGAAACAACUGCUUCACAAGCAGCUAAAGUACGCGGGAUGCCGAAGUCAGGACGAUGGUGGAAAGAAGCGCAGUCAUCAAGACAUAGUGCUGUGAUCAAAGUGAAACCGUUGAAAUCAUCAUGGGAAAAGAAGAUGGCAGAUCGAGCGAAACAAAAACAAGUCAAACUUAUACAACAAGAGAUUAGAGAUCGAAAAGAACAAGAGAAACAAGAGAAGAUUGAACGAAGAAAAGAACAAGAGAAACGACGCCUUGAGAACGAAAAGAAAGGAGAAGUUGUACAGGUGAUCAAAAAUACUGCUAAACUUCGCAAAGCUAAGAAGAAGCAACUACGAUUUAUUGAGAAGAGGGAUACAAAUUGA